AUGGAUACUGAUCCACGUUGUCCCAUCUUUUCUAUUGGAUAUAUUCUUCAAAAACUCCAUAGCCAAGAUUCGAAAAUUGAUCUAAUAGAUCUAUAUCACCAAGGUGGUCUCAUUGAAAUACAACAAAAGUGGAAAUGUAAUUUCGAUUCUGAUAGUGAAAAAAAAGAAUGUUUUCCUACGUUCUAUUUCAAUUUAUUACAAAGUGGAAGCGAUGAAUUAUCUCCGGGUAUCAAUUAUCGAUUUGCUGAGAAAUACAAUAUUAACAAAACAGAAUAUCGAACAUUAACGAAAGUAUAUGGUCUUCGUUUUGUUUUAUCGAUUAGAGGUAAAGGAAGACGAUUCGAUGUUGUUCGUUUGUUUGUUGCAAUCGGAUCUGGAGUUGGUUACACGAUAUUUGCACAAAUAAUAUGUGAAAUUAUUCUUAGGCGAUGUCAUAAAUAUCGUGAUGAAUAUCGUCGACAUAAAGUCAAAAUAUGUCGUCUAAAUCUAUCUACAAAUAAUAACAAUCCGACAGAUCUUGCAACAAUAGUCGAUACUUUUUUGGCUGAACCUUCAGUUCUACCUGAAACAAUACGUCAAUCUGAUGUGUAG